AAAAUGGCUGGAGUCAGUGGUUUGUUAUUAAUUCUUGUGGCGUUCGUUUUCUCUCUUUACUGUGACUCCAAUGGUCUGCCACAGCCAUCUGUGCCAACAUGGCCAACAAAAUUUACCAUCAGCUUUGACGUCUACAUUAAAAACAAAGGAGACGAUUGGAAAUCUACUGGUGAAAUGUACUAUGAUUGGAAUUCAAAGACAUUUCGUGCUGACUACAUAGGAUGGUGCUUGCCUCCUUUCCCUUCUAAUCACAGCGACUACUCCUGCUCAUUUCUUGCCACUGGAAGUAACAUGUAUUUCAUUAAUCACACAGCAAGUGAAUGGGACAAGUACGAUUGCUGUCUUUUUGAGGGAGGCCUGGGGAGUGUUCCACCCGAUUGGAUGAAAGUUGGAGCAUACAAUGGAACUGAUGUUAUACAGGACAUACCUGUAGAUGUGUGGUAUUUUUCUGGAACAGAUAACCCAGAGAAGCCUUGCUAUUUUUAUUGGAGUGGAAGAGACAGUGCUAGGACUCCUGUUGGGUUCUUUGGUAUAUCUCCUGUAGGCCCAACAAUGCUUUUAUACCGGGACUUUCAACCUCAUUCUAUUCCAUCUGGUAUUAGUUUUGAUCUACCAAAUGGAAAAUGUGACAAUAAAUGCCAGCCUCCAUCUGAUCUGCUAAUGGACAUUCAGCAACCAAAAUGGCCAGAAUGUCUGAAUCAAACUAUAUUAUAAACAAAUUUAUUGACUGCUGCCAAGCUGCAUAUGAAUUUAUUUUUAUAAAGUUAGGGUGUGUCUUACAUUAUUGCUGUCAUGGCUGAACUAAAGGUCACACUAAAGCUUCUUGGAUUUUUCAUUUUAGUUUCUUUAUCUGCUUCCCGUGUCGCCCCUCCUCCAGUCCCAGCCUGGCCUGACAAGUUUACCAUCAACUUUGAUGUGCUUGUCGAGAAAUAUGGAGAUGACUGGAAGUCCACUGGUACACUGUACUAUGACUACAACAUCAAGACAUUUCGUGCAGACUAUAUAGACUGGUGCCUCCCAUUGUUUGAUGAUGGAUCAUCGGAUAACAAUGAUUACUCCUGUUCAUUCUUUGCUACUGCUGAGGACAUGUUCUUUGUGAAUUUUACAGCUAGUUCGGGAAAAUGGGAAGAUUAUGACUGCUGUCUUUUUGAAGCGGGGUUGGCUGCAGUUCCACCAGAUUGGAUGAAAGCAGAGCAAUACAAUGGAACAGACGUCAUAAAUGGUAUUUCUGUUGAUGUAUGGUGGUUCCCAGGUACUAGUGAUCCUUCAAAACCAUGCUAUGGCUACUGGAAUGCAAAGGAUGAGCUCAAGACUCCUGUUAGGUUCUUUGGACUGUCAUCUCUGGGACCAACAAUACUUGACUAUCGUGAUUUUGAGCCUCAGAAGAUACCACAGCAUAUUGAAAUGACCAAACCAAAUGAUAAUUGUCAAAAGAAAUGUGAGCCACCACUUGCUGAUGUAUUGAAGAAGUCUGCUGUUGAUAGUGUAAAAUGGUCUAAAAUAGAUUGGCCAUCUUGCUAAA